GUGAUCUGUGGCCCUUUGCUACUGCAAUCCCGCUUCACGAACAAGCUAGGCCAAGUGCUGGUGGACAGAGUCCUGAAUGCCCGGUGCAAUUGGGAGUCAGACACGCUCCGAAGUUUCUGCGAGGUGUCGUCAUGGCUGCUGGUCGUUUGGUCAACAUAUGUGAGCUCAGAUGGUGGGCUCUUCGGACUGACUGCGGCUUUGGGUUUUGGAACCUGCGCAGGUGGUGUGCUUGCAAUGUUGGGCGAACUCCUGCAGCAGCCUCUACGAAACCUUGAAAGGUUGUUGAGGGAAUCUUCAGCCAGCAGAGCACGAAUGAUGAAAGUCAAUCUGGAAGAGGAAGAGACCUUUGUCACCUCAAACAUUGUCAUGAUCUUGCUCUUCGGCCCCACCGUCUUGAACACCAUCUAUGAAAACUGCAGUGACCUGGCAGUCUUGGCCGGCAUGCUGGUCCUGGGUGGAGUGACCAUAUUGGCUGCAGGUCGCCUUUGCCAAGCCUGGGAACCCACCCGGCACUUGGGCACCAUCCUGCAGGCCCGGAUCCUCAACACCUGGGAGAACUGGAGGCAUCAUCCCGGCCGCUCAGCUCUAGAGUCAACAUUUUUCUGCGCUGUCGUGAUGGGCGUGUACGAGCUUCACGGCAACUGGGCAGACGCUGGAUGUGUUUGGCUAUGGCAUGGGAAGAACAGCUAUGGAUAUGCAGCAACCUUUCGUCUCUGCGCAGACGGAGUGUUGAAGGCUCCAUUUCAUCAAGCACCCGCUGAAAUUGCAAGCCUGAUGGAGGUGAUGCGCUUUUUGCGCUACAAACUGGAAGUGUUUGCGCAUGGCAUUAACUUCAACCUCCAGGAGGCAGAGCAGCGGUCUGAUCAGGACACAGCCUUGAACAUGAGAGCUGCAGGUAUGUUUCUAUGCGCGCGAGCACCAGACGGCGCGAUCGGCCAGAUCGUCAACAGGAGGACAAUGGUGCAACCGGCUGCCUUUUUCGGUGAGGCAAUCAGCUUAUACAGCUUAGCAAAGACUCCCUCAAACGGCGAGUGCUUGAUGUCACGGACUUCGCUCCUCGACAUCCAGGUGGGUGGUGUGCAUGCAGAAGGGGAGACUGCGCAGUCACAAAUUCACUGGUAUGCCGGCACCGAUGCAAGCGAUCAGUUCGCAGCGUUCCAUCGACCACGGGUAUAUGCCCGACUCGCGCAGUUCCAGAUUGGAGAGGUGGUAGGCACUGAACAUCUGCCAAGCAAAGCGACCGAAGAAUAUCGUGCUUUGAGGAAGAAGCUGUGGGCAGAGGGCUGGUUUAAACCUCGCCUCUCGUACUUUGUAUGCAAAGCUGCCAUCUGCUUCUCGAUCUUAACCUUUGUCGUGAGCGUUGUGUGUUGCUUGACUUCUGCGUGGUUUCUGGCUCGCACCAUCCUCGCUGGGAUGGCCUUGGGGGUUGCUUGGCAGCAGAUUGCCUUUCUGGCGCAUGAUGCAGACCAUUGGGGAAUCACAACUCCGCGGGCUUCCAGCUCACUUAAUCCGCUGUCGUGGUUCCUUGCAAGCGUGCUCUUCGGGAUAUCCAGAAGCAUGUGGAAUGAAGAGCAUUCUAUGCAUCACGCAAUCACUUUGCGUCCGCAGGAGGAUCCCCAGUUCAAUUACCUGCCGUUGUGGCUGAUCUCCAAGAAGGAGCUAGAUGUGGCAGGAACGCAUGUGGGAUUCCUCACGAAGACGCUCGUUUCUGUACAGCACUUCACCUUCUUACCAGUCUCUGUAGUAAUUGGCAGAUUCAAUUUCUACUUGAUAUCGAUGCUAUCCGCCCUGAAGCGAGCAGUUAUGGCUACAAGUUCGAGAGAACUUUCCGGAGGUGUGCUUGACGUCUUGGGAAUGCUUACGUUUUGGACUUGGUAUGUCGCUCUGGUCAGCAGAUUUGACACUGGGGUGGAGCGCACGCUAUUCGUGCUGGCCUCUAAUUGGACCGUAGGAAUUCUUCAUAUCCAGCUGGUGUUGAGCCACCUGGCCACCGAAACUUUCACGGCUGAGGAGGAGCGAGCUGAGCAGUUCUUUGCUUUCCAGCUCAAGACUUCUCGAAACAUUGACUCCAGCUGGUAUGAUCACUGGUUUCAUGGAGGCUUGGAGUUUCAAAUUGAGCAUCACUUGUUCCCUCAACUUCCUCGGCAUAACCUGAGCAAGGUCAAGCCUAUGGUUCAGGACAUUUGUUUUCGGCAUGGAAUUCCAUACCGAUCAACCAGCUUCUCUGGAGCUCUGCGGGACGUGCUGUCCGACUUCCGCGGCCUCGCCAUGGACAUUGUCAAACUAAAGAUGGGUUAG